GGUGACUAGUUCAACAGGUAGAACUUACUAUCAUACUAUGGGUAGCAGGUGGAGGGUUUUACCUAGAAUAAUUUCUCAAUCAGGGCCAAGAAACAGCGCCUCGGUAAUAUGGCUGCAUGGUUCAGGUGACACGGGGCCUGGUAUUUUGGAAUGGAUAAACAUGGUAUGGAAAGAAGAGUUUAAGUUUCCACACAUUAAAUUAAUAUUCCCAUCAGCUGAUCCUAUUCCUUACACUCCCAAUAAUGGUCAGGUAUCUACAGUGUGGUUUGAUCGACAAAAAAUUUCACCCUUUGUGCCAGAAAAUUUACCUUCUAUAGAUGCCUCAGCAACAAAACUGAAUGAGCUUAUCCAGGCAGAAGUUGAUCUUGGAAUUCCACUCUCAAGGAUUAUCAUAGGUGGUUUUUCUAUGGGUGGUGCCAUGGCAUUACAUCAAGUAUACAGGUAUCAGAAGCAGGUAGCUGGCUGUUUUGCCCUUUCAAGUUUUCUAAAUGAAGGCUCUGUAGUAUACAAGGAAGUUGAAAAUAUCCAAAACAAGUCAUCCCUUCCCCCGUUGUUUCAGUGUCAUGGGACCAGAGAUGAAUUAGUUUUGUUUGACUGGGGUACAGAGACAUUCAAAACAUUAACAAACUUGGGCAUUUCUGGAGAAUUUCAAGAAUUUAACAUUUUUCAUGAAUUCAAUAAGAAGGAAUUGACACUACUGAGAGAGUGGAUACUUACUAAAUUACCUCCGGAUUAAACAACUUAAUACCUGUGUGAUAUAUUUCCUUCAUACAAUCUUCAAAGAAUUUAAUCACAACCUUAAAUCACUUUAAAUAUUGUUAAGUUUUUAAAGACAAAUGAAAAUCUACUUGUUUUUGGUUAUAAACUUAUUGAUUUUACUUAUAGCAAAUAUAUCUUUUACUUAUAUUGACUCGAUCGGAUUUAAAUCUUGGGACAUAGUGAGCCAAUCAUGGACGUUGAUGUCCUUCGGUUGAAGGAAAUGUUAUUUCAACCUUGCCGUAUGUUCGAUCGAAUUGUACUGUUGAAAAAUUAACCUGCCUUGUUCUUUACUGCUGCAAUAAUGGUGCUAACACAGGCUGAAGAAUUCCGUAUACUUACCUACUGGAAGCGCGGGCUCCAUUCAAAAUGAUUAGUUGUUAGCGAAAAUUGUGGUUAAUUGAACUCCUCCAAAUCUGUCGCGUUCUAGGACACAGUUGUCUACAAAACGACUCUAAUCUCGACAUCAGCGACAGCCGUCUGCGUUGCUAACAUUAGAUCUCGAGUCAUUGAGUCCAAUUGGCGGUGAUUUAGAUUUUGUCUGCCCCAUUGCAAUCUGUAACAGUGGUGAUGCGUCUAAGUUGUAUCCCUUGUAAGGUCCUCUGCAGCGGAUACUAUUACCAUGGCGUAUUAGUAUUCCAGAAACUUUUCAUGUACUUAGAUUCUAAAAGUAAAAGUUUAAGGCUUGAACAGUUGUUGAAGCGAGGUUGAUUCUCACAGAAAUUAUUUUUGUAUUAUUCUGAUAAGGAACAAAAA